AAAAAGGAAAAGAUUUCAAGAACGGUCCAAGAAGCUGGAGCGAAGAAGCAACACCCACCACUUGUGCGUGUUGAUUCUUAGACGUACUUCCCAUGUCGUCUUCUUGAUUGAUAUUUCAACUCUCCUCCGCCGUCACACUCAGAGAGCCACAAUACUAUAGCAUUCACUUGACAUUUUCAUACUAGAAGUAGCGAUGAAGAACAAUCUCGACCCAAAAGAAGAAAAUCGCCUUCUAUGAUCUGCGACGACAACAUUGGUGGUAGAAGCGUUCGUGCGUAGCCCAAGUCACCACGGAAAGAUUCCCGCUUCCGGUGGAAGGUGGACUGGGCAGAAGAAUUGGAGUUCAAGCAAGGAAUUUUCGCCCCAGGUUAAAGGGUCUCAGAGCAAUGAAACCCGCGGAGGCAACAAGAAUUACGAGUCCCAGGAGUUCUAGGCAUGGCCUCACAUUGAGUUUCCGACGAGUUUCAAGAUUUGAAACGAUGGCUGCCAAAGCAGCAGUCGCAGAAUCAGAGGCUCCAAGUACUUCCACUCUCAGCAAUCCGAUGCUUGCAAACUAUGUGCCGGUAUUCGUGAUGCUCCCACUGGGGGUUGUUACCACUGAUAAUGCCUUAGAAGACAGAGAUGGGCUCGAGAAACAGCUCAAAGAGCUACGUGCUGCAGGGGUUGAUGGGGUUAUGGUUGAUGUGUGGUGGGGUGUCGUAGAAUCCAAAGGACCUAAGCAGUAUGAUUGGUCUGCUUAUAGGAGCUUGUUUCAACUGGUUAAAAGAUGUAGAUUGAAGCUACAAGCCAUAAUGUCAUUUCACCAAUGUGGAGGGAAUGUAGGGGAUUCUGUUUUCAUCCCUCUCCCUAAAUGGGUACUUGAAAUUGGAGAAUCAGACCCUGACAUCUUUUAUACAAGUCGCACAGGAAACAGGAAUAAGGAAUAUCUUAGUCUUGGUGUAGAUAACAAGCCUUUAUUUCAUGGAAGAACAGCCAUUGAGAUAUAUAGUGACUAUAUGAAGAGCUUCAGAGAGAAUAUGGCGGAUUUUUUAGAAUCUGAGCUCCUGAUUGACAUUGAAGUAGGACUUGGUCCUGCGGGAGAACUCAGAUACCCCUCUUAUGCAGAUAGUCAGGGAUGGAAGUUUCCUGGUAUUGGAGAAUUUCAGUGCUAUGACAAAUAUCUCAGAGCUGAUUUCAAAGAGGCUGCUUCAAAAUCUGGUCAUCCCGAAUGGGAGCUACCAGAUAAUGCAGGGGAAUAUAAUGACAAACCAGAAUCUACGGAAUUUUUCAAAUCAAAUGGGACUUACCUCACGGAGAAAGGGAAGUUUUUCUUGACAUGGUAUUCCGGCAAGUUGCUGAACCAUGGUGAUGAGAUCUUAGAUGAAGCAAAUAAAGCGUUCAUAGGCUGCAAAGUGAAGUUGGCUGCAAAAGUGGCUGGAAUCCACUGGUGGUACAACACAGAAAAUCAUGCUGCGGAACUCACUACUGGAUAUUACAAUUUAAAUGAUAGAGAUGGAUACCGUCCUAUAGCAAGGAUGCUUUCUCGACACAAUGCUAUAUUGAAUUUUACAUGUCUUGAGAUGAGGAACUCCGAACAAAUUUCUGAAGCAAAAAGUGGUCCCCAGGAACUUGUUCAGCAGGUCCUAAGUGGAGGCUGGAUAGAGGGGCUGGAAGUUGCUGGAGAAAAUGCACUUUCAAGGUAUGACAGGAUAGGUUACGAUCAAAUUCUUCUAAAUGCUAGGCCUAGUGGAGUUAACAGACGGGGCCCUCCAAGACAAAGACUGUAUGGGGUGACAUACUUGCGUUUGUCAGAUGAGUUACUGCAAAGAUCAAAUUUUUACGUAUUCAAAAUCUUUGUGCGAAAAAUGCAUGCUGAUAUGGACUACAUUCCAGACGCUGAACAAUACAAUCAUUUCACUGUCCCAAUGGAGAGGUCAAAGCCAAGAAUUCCAACGAACGUCCUUCUUGAAGCAACCAAACCAGUGAAACCAUUUGCAUGGAAUGAGAAAACGGAUAUGAGCGUGGGCGGUAUAUUUGUUGAUCUAGUAGCAGAGAUCUUGUCAAUAUUCAAUCUAAGCUGAAAAAAAUAAAUGAAUGGAAAGAGUGGGAGGGGAAGAAAUGUGAACAAAAUCAGAAAGCGAUGUUUCAGUCCAGCAAUUAUUUGGUUGGAUUGAUAAGCUUAAUCAUUUACUUCAGUGAUUUGCUAUGCAGCCA